AUGGCUUGUGGGAGGAAGCUUCAUCAGUCUGGUGCUUUUGCUGCGCCUCUGUUGAAUUGUUUGCCUGAUGACAGCAGUAGCAGCAAGUACAUCCUGCAGCUGGAGUACCAUGUUGCGACGCAUCAAAACACUCUCUACCACACCUCUGUAGAAGAUCCAGAGGAUUCUGGUGGGGAGAGAGGCGUGUUUUGGUUUCCUCAGGAAGUACAGUCUCUGCUGGGCCUGUUUCCUGAUCGCAAAGAUGUUCUUGCUUCAGGUCAGAUUCCUCUAACUCAAGGAAGAAACAUCUCGAUCCACGAUGUGCCCAGUGCAAAUCGAUGGCAGGACGUGGUACUGAGCAAGAUGAAGUGGGCCAAACUUGCUUUAGAGACAUGGCUCCACAGAGAGGCUGACUAUCUGUUCAUGAUGGACGUGGACAGUGUUUUUCGUGGCCAUGUUGGAGCAGAGGCCUUGAGUCGGCUGGUUGGCACGCUCCACCGAAUGUACUACAGGACAACAAAGCGUGAGGACUUCCCUUAUGAGCGGCGUCCUGAGUCACAGGCGUACAUCCCGCCGACAGAGGGAGACUAUUACUACACUGCAGCCGUGUGGGGAGGGCUCCUGGACGACAUGUACAGGCUGGUCAAACACUGUGAUGAGAAAUCACAAGAGGAUGCUAAAAUCGGAGUGGAAGCAGCGUGGCAGGAAGAAAGUCAUCUCAACAAAUAUUUCCUGUACAACAAACCCACCAAAGUGCUGUCUCCAGAAUACCUGUGGUCAGACUACGAAGGGAGUAUUCCUGCUGACAUCAGGGUGGUCAGGAUCGCACAGUUGGUCAAGAACUACCAAGAAGUUAGGCCCAACUAGUGUGCACAGACUAAAGUAACUGCUUCUGUAUUUCUUACACUGUGGGAAGUCAAAUCUGUUUUACAGCUGCAGCUGUUUGAGGAGAUGAUCAGGAAGAAGGGACACACCAUCCAGCUUUUCUUUUUCAAUAGUCAACGAAUCAAUAUGUUAAAGGAUAAACUAAUAUCAUUUAAGAAA